UUAACUCCAAUGGCCAACCAAUUCCCCGGCGUCAGUCCAACAAUCCUGAACCACCUCGUCAAAAGCAAAAACCUCAACCAACUCUCACUACUCAACGGAGCUCGGGGCAUCGCUGCAUCGCUCAGAACAGACCCCCUCGUCGGAAUCACUGGCGACGAAGAAGACCUCGCCGCCCGUCACCAAGCCUUCGGCACAAACACCUAUCCCUCUCCUCUCAAAAAACCCUUACUCCGUUCCAUACUCAAAGCUUUCAAGGAUAGGAAGACGAUGAUCCUAUGCCUACUAGCACUUGCCGCUCUCUCUCUAGGCUUUGGGAUCAAAGAGCACGGCCUCAAAGAAGGUUGGCAGGGAGGAGGCAGCAUAUUCAUGUCCGUCAUCCUCUUCCUCGAAGUCUCAACUUUCAAAAACAACAUACACUUCAGAAUUUGGGACAAGCUCAACAAAGCAAGCGGCAACACUUUAGUUGAGGUUGUAAGAAACAGCACAAGGAAAGAGGUCUCAAUCUACGACAUCGUUGUAGGAGACAUUGUAUGCUUGAAGAUCGGAGAUCGAGUCCCCACAGAUGGCCUCUUCAUGGACGGGCACUCCCUGCGACUGGAUGAAUCCAGCAGGACUGGGGAGAGUGACCACGUGGAGGUCGACAGCACCACCAAUCCCUUCCUCUUCUCCGGCACCCUGGUGGCUGACGGCUAUGGAAAGAUGUUGGUCACGAGUGUCAGGAUGAUGAGCCAGGAUACAGCCCUGGAGGUGCCGCUACAGAUCCGCCUCAACAAGAUCACUACCUCCAUAGGAAAGAUUGGUUCAGCUGUGGCUUUUCUGGUUCAUGUCAUGUUGCUGAACCGAUACUUCACCGGGAAUACUGAAGAUGAGUCUGAUGGUACAAGGGAUAAACCAAAUGAUGCGAUCAACUUUGUCGGACGAAUGAUUUCAGCACUUGUGUCCAUGAAUGUUAUGGUUGCUAUAAUUGAUGGUUUGCAUCUGGCUGUGGCUCUCUUACUGACUCUUGAGUAUUCUAUGAAGAGGAUGAUGGCUGAUCAGGCUAUGGUGAGGAAGCUCCCCGCUUGUGAAACCUUGGGUUAUGCUACUGUCAUCUGUACACACAAGACAGGUACACUCACUACGAAUAAGAUGAAGGUGACAAAGUUUUGGUUGGGGAAGCACUCCUCUGAAGGUGGUCUUAACAUGCCAAGGUGGGUAUUGGAGCUGCUCCGCGAGGGGGCCGGCCUUAACACGACGGGUGGUGUGUAUAUGUUCCGGAAAGGGCUCAAGUUCUCUGGUAGCCCAACAGAGAAGGCGAUCCUGUCGUGGGCUGUGGCGGAUUUGGGGAUGGAUAUGGAGGAAGUGAAGAGGGAUUGUGAGAUUCUUCAUGUGGAGGCAUUCAACUCUGAGAAGAAGAGGAGUGGUGUUUUGGUGAAGAGAGAUCAUGAAUUUCAUGUGCAUUGGAAAGGAGCAGCUGAGAUGAUCCUUGCAAUGUGCUCACACUACUAUGAUUUGGAUGGUAACAAAAAAGAUUUGAAUGAUGAAGAGAUGAUGAAUUUCUAUCACAUCAUUCAACGCACGGCUGCUUCAGGCUUUAGGUGCGUUGCUUUUGCACACAAACAACUCUCUCAUUCCGAGUGUGACGAGGUGAAGAAAAUUCAAGAAGAUGCCAUGGUUCUACUAGGCGUAGUUGGUCUAAAAGAUCCAUGCCGGCCUGGGGUGAAGAAGGCUGUUGAAGAUUGCCAGUACGCAGGUGUGGAUGUGAAGAUGAUCACCGGCGACAACGUGUUCACGGCCAAGGCCAUAGCCACAGAGUGUGGAAUACUCCGUCGAGGCCAAAAUCAAGACGGAUGUGUAGUUGAAGGAGCUGAGUUCCGUAACUACACAGACGAGGAGCGGAUGGAGAGGGUCGAGGGCAUCCGCGUGAUGGCAAGAUCCUCCCCAACAGACAAGCUCCUCAUGGUGCAGUGCUUAAAGAAGAAAGGCCAUGUGGUGGCAGUCACAGGACACAGCAUGAACGAUGCACCGGCAUUGAAGGAGGCCGACAUAGGCCUAGCGAUGGGGAUCCAAGGCACAGAGUUGGCAAAAAAGAGUUCUGAUAUAGUAAUCACGGAUGAUAACUUUGCGUCUGUGGUUAAAGCCUUGAAAUGGAGUAGAUGGGCCUACAUCAACAUACAGAAGUUCAUUCAGUUUCUGCUGACAGCGCGUAUUGCGGCGCUGGCCUUUGACACUGUGGCGGCGAUCUCGUCCGAGAGGGUGCCACUGAGGACAGUGCAGAUGAUGUGGGUGAAUCUGUUCAUGAACACGCUCAGGGAGCUGGCUCUUGACAUGGAGAAGUCAACGAAGGAUCGACUAAUGGAGAGACAGCCCAUGCGGCGGGAUGAGCCGUUGAUCAGUAAAGUGAUGUGGAGGAAUCUGAUGACCCAGGCUGUGUACCAGAUUGUGGCGCUGUUGGUACUGCAGUUUAGAGGAGAAAAUACCAUGGUCUUUAACACGUUUAUAUUGUGUCAGGUGUUUAAUGCGUUCAAUGCUACGAAGCUGGAGAGGAGGAAUGUGUUUGAGGCAUUGCACAAGAACAAGGUGUUUGUGGGGAUUGCGGGAAUGACUUUGCUUGUUCAUGUGUUGAUGAUGGAGAUGUUGAACGAUUUUGCGUAUACUGAGAGGCUGAGUUUGGUACAGUGGUGGAUUUGUGUUGGGAUUGCCGCUGCUGCUUGGCCUAUUGCUUGCCUUGUGAAGCUCAUACCGCUUCCCGAUUGGAAAAUGGUUGGAGCAACUACCGAACCAACUGCCCACCCAUAAAACUCUACUAUUUUCGUACGGUAAUAAAAUUUUAUAAGGCAUUAGUAUCAUUAUUUCUUGUUAUGCAAGUCAGGGAUUGAACUUCAAGUGGUGA